CCCUCCCUCCACAUCCUGGCCAGCCGCUCAGCAGCUCAAGGGCAAACGGGGGUUUAGGAUAUUUUCCCUUUCACUGCUCAGAAAGACGUGUGAAUUACAACCGUGCGGCAUUUCUUGUGUGCUUUCUAUGUUAUAUUUAUGCAAUUUAAAGUUUUCUCAGUUUGGACCGAGAUUUGGGGACAAUCAAAUGGAAAGGAACGGGGGAAGUGAGUUUUGAGGGCGUCCAUAGUCAGUCGUCGCACCUGUAGCGCCAAGUGAAGCGCGGUUAAAAAUGGCUAACAUCUCUGGAUUUCAGAACUGGCUUUGAUCCUGGAGUCAUUUUUUGCCAAUAACCUCUGGAUUCGCCCUCGCAACAAAACACGCGUGUUUUUCGGCCUUUUUACUUGUUAUUGGAGUAGGCUGAUAUAGUGAAUAUUUAUCAGAACCUUCAUGGAGACAAAUUGCAACAUGGAUUCUACAAGGGAUUUUUGUCAGUUUUGUUCUCUAAAAGCUGAAAAACCUAACUCUGGAAGCUAUGCUACAGAACAUGGAGUUUCACACCUGUAAGUAAAUUCUAGUACAGGAGAAUCAGGAUGAAAAGAUGGCAGCCAUGCUGUUACCAACGGGUCCCGAUGGCUUGCGCCGGUUCACUCGCGAAUCCCUGGCCAGCAUCGAGCAGCGGAUUGCCGAGGAGCAGGCCAAGCACUCCAAGGAUUACCAGGAGGAUCUGGGCAACGUGGAACUGCCCAAGCCCAGGCUGGACCUGGAGGCCGGCAAACAGCUCCCACGCAUCUAUGGUGACAUUCCCCCAGGACUGGUUGGGGUCCCUCUUGAUGACAUGGACCCCUUCUACUUUAAGAACCAGAGGACUUUUAUAGUAGUAAACAAAGGGAAGGCCAUAUUUCGCUUCAGUGCCACAUCAGCUCUCUAUAUAUUCACUCCCUUCACCUUUCUCAGAAGAUUUGCCAUCCAAGUUCUAGUCCAUUCAUUAUUCAGCUUGUUCAUUAUGUGCACUAUUCUUACCAACUGUUUCUUCAUGGCCAUGUCCGACCCUGCUCCUUGGACCAAGUAUCUAGAGUACACGUUCACCGGUAUCUACACCUUUGAGUCCAUGAUAAAAAUAUUUGCAAGAGGAUUUUGUGUUGGACCUUUCACCUUCCUGAGAGAUCCAUGGAACUGGCUAGAUUUUAGUGUUAUCUCCAUGGCGUAUCUGACAGAGUUUGUGGACCUUGGAAACGUCUCCGCGUUGAGAACGUUUAGAGUCCUCAGAGCACUGAAGACCAUCUCUGUCAUCCCAGGUCUCAAGACUAUUGUAGGUGCUCUUAUCCAGUCAGUGAAAAAGCUGGCAGAUGUUAUGAUCCUGACAGUGUUCUGUCUGAGCGUAUUUGCCCUCAUUGGACUGCAGCUCUUCAUGGGCAUCCUACGACAGAAGUGUGUCCGCAGUGCUGCACACUGUGUAAACUCAUCCUACAACGUCAAUGACACGUUCAUCUGCAACAACCGGACCUGGAAUUCCAUGAAUGACUUCAUCACCAAUGAAGAUAAUUUCUACAAAGUUGAAGGUGCAAAGGAUGCCUUAAUAUGUGGAUAUGGACAGGAUGCUGGGAAAUGUCCUGAGGGAUUUGACUGUCUGAGAAUUGGGAGGAACCCUAACUAUGGCUACACCAGCUUUGACAGCUUCGGAUGGGCUUUCCUGGCACUGUUCCGACUGAUGACACAAGACUACUGGGAAAACCUGUACCAUCAGACACUGCGGUCCGCAGGGAAGACCUACAUGGUAUUCUUUGUGCUGGUGAUCUUCCUGGGUUCCUUCUACCUUGUCAACCUGAUCUUAGCUGUAGUGGCCAUGGCCUAUGAGGAGCAAAACCAGGCCACCAUCCAGGAGGCCUGGCAGAAGGAGAGGGAGUUCCAGCUGGCCAUGGAGCAAUUACGCAAGGAACAGAGGGAAAUUAAAAUGGCAGCAAGAAGAAGCCAACAAGAAACAGAAUCAGUCAGGUCUCCAGAACUGUCUCCAUUCAAACUGAAGUUGGGCGGGAGUUUUAAACGGACGCCCAGUAGAAGAUCACACAGAAUGCUGUCUGAGGAUCUGGAGGAGGAGACAGACGAGAAGUUUGAUCCACUGGAGGACCGGGUAUCUCCCAUUCCUCCUGUGUCUCCCAGGCCUGUACACCCUCUCCUGGCUGCCAUGUCCUGCCACCCCCUCAGUACACACCGUGGCAGCCAGGCCAGCAUAUUCUCCUUCCGACCGCACGCUGUGUCCGAGGCCGACUUCGGGGACGACGAGGUCAGCGUUCACGGCGAUGCUGUUGCGAGGAGCCGGGCGGGCUCCACCAUCGGCCCUGCUUGGUACAAGCACAAAAGGACGGGCAGUGUGAAGAGUCAUGGCUCUCAGGUGUUAACCCCCAGCCUCAACAUCAAUGGACGCCUCAAUGUCUCCCUGGACCAGAAUGGAGUCACCGCCGUUGGCCUGCACACCCCCACAUCCCUGCCCACCUGCAGCAUGGAGAAGGUCAAAGAAGACACGGUGAGAGGAGAGGAUUCUCCAGAACCCGCCUGUAUAGAGCAUUCAAACCCCACACCAGCCCUGCUGUCCCCUGAAGCUACAGAGGUUCCUCACCACCGGAGAAAACGGGGUCUAAGCUCCAUUAGCUUCUUCAGCGAUGCCAUGGAUGGUGAGGGUACAUUCAGAGAGCUGGAGGAGUCUCGUCAGAAGUGCCCCACAUGCUGGUACAACUUUGCCAAGGCCUACCUUAUCUGGGACUGUUGCCCAUGGUGGCUGAAGGUGAAGGAGUACGUGAAAAUGAUUGUGAUGGAUCCAUUCCUGGACCUGGCCAUCACCAUCUGCAUCGUCCUCAACACCCUGUUCAUGGCCCUGGAGCACUACCCCAUGACGGACGAGUUCAACAACGUGCUCUCCGUUGGAAACCUGGUGUUCACGGUGAUCUUUACAGCAGAGAUGGUGUUCAAGUUGAUCGCCAUGGACCCGUACUUCUACUUUCAGCAGGGAUGGAACAUAUUCGACGGCAUCAUCGUCUGUCUGAGCCUCAUGGAGCUGGGCCUUUCCAAUGUAGAGGGACUGUCUGUCCUGCGAUCCUUCAGACUGUUGCGAGUGUUCAAGCUGGCCAAGUCAUGGCCGACCCUGAACACGCUGAUCAAGAUCAUCGGCAACUCUGUGGGCGCCCUGGGCAACCUGACCCUGGUGCUGGCCAUCAUCGUCUUCAUCUUCGCCGUGGUGGGCAUGCAGCUGUUUGGGAAGAACUACCAGGACUGCGUGUGUAAGAUCUCCAAGGACUGCACCCUGCCCCGCUGGCACAUGAAGGACUUCUUCCACUCGUUCCUCAUCGUGUUCCGGGUGCUGUGCGGCGAGUGGAUCGAAACCAUGUGGGACUGUAUGGAGGUGGCCGGACAGCCGCUCUGCAUCUUGGUCUUCAUGCUGGUCAUGGUCAUAGGAAACCUGGUGGUGCUGAAUCUGUUCCUGGCCCUGCUGCUCAGCUCCUUCAGCUCAGACAACCUUUCAGCUCCGGACGAGGAUGGAGAGAUGAACAACAUCCAGGUCGCCGUCGCCCGCAUCAACGCGGGACUCGCCUGGCUGAUGAGGAACAUGGCCGACCUCUUCAACGGAAACCUGAAAAAGAGGCGUCUUAUGACCAAAGACGUUCAGAUCUCCGUGAAGCUGACGCCUAUAGCCAAUCACGUGGAGAGCAACGGCGGGGUGGCGGGGGUGAUUGGCCGCUACGGGGAGAAGUACAUCGUCCCGGACGAGGACAGCUACAUGACCAACCCCAACCUGACCAUCAGUGUGCCCAUCGCCCCCGGGGAGUCGGACGUGGAGUUCCCCGAGGAAGGAGAGGAGGAGGAGGAGACGGAGUCCUCAGAGGAUGAAGAUAACAAGCCGGAGAAGGUGAGCCUAUCAGAAGGCAGCACGGUCGACCUGAGGAAGCCAGGGGAGGAAGAGGAUGACUUAUCAGUGACUGCUGAAGAGGCAAUGGAGCCAGACGAAUGCUUCCCUGAAUUCUGCGUGCGACACUGUAAGUGCUGUGAGGUCAACACAACGAAGGGCUUGGGUCAGACCUGGUGGAGGCUGAGGAAGACCUGUUACCAGAUUGUUGAACACAGCUGGUUUGAGACCUUCAUAAUCUUCAUGAUCCUACUGAGCAGCGGUGCUCUGGCAUUUGAGGAUAUCUACAUAGAGAAGAGGAAAGUGGUGAAGGUUAUAUUGGAAUACGCCGAUAAGGUCUUCUCCUACAUCUUCGUCCUAGAGAUGUUCCUCAAAUGGAUCGCCUAUGGCUUCAAGAAGUACUUCACAAAUGCCUGGUGUUGGCUGGAUUUCCUCAUCGUUGACGUCUCGUUGGUGAGCCUGGUAGCUAACUCUCUUGGCUACUCAGAUUUUGCUGCCAUCAAAUCACUAAGGACCCUCCGAGCCCUGAGGCCCCUGAGGGCCCUGUCCAGAUUCGAGGGCAUGAGGGUGGUGGUAAAUGCGCUGAUUGGAGCUAUCCCAUCCAUCAUGAACGUUUUGCUGGUUUGUCUGAUCUUCUGGCUCAUCUUUAGCAUCAUGGGUGUCAACCUAUUCGCAGGGAAGUUUGGUAAAUGCGUGAACCGGACAGGGUUCAUCCACAAUGCAUCUAUUGUUAACAACAAGUCUGAAUGCCUGGCAAUGAACGACACACAGUUUUACUGGACUAAAGUCAAGGUCAACUUUGACAACGUGGGACUGGGUUAUCUCUCGUUACUCCAAGUUGCCACAUUCAAGGGGUGGAUGGAAGUUAUGCACGCAGCUGUUGAUUCCCGUGGCGUGGAAGAGCAACCAAUUAGAGAGAUCAACCUCUACAUGUACUUAUACUUUGUCAUUUUCAUCAUCUUUGGCUCCUUCUUCACCCUCAAUCUCUUCAUUGGAGUCAUCAUUGACAAUUUUAACCAGCAAAAAAGAAAGUUAGGUGGACAAGACAUUUUCAUGACAGAUGAGCAGAGGAAGUACUACAACGCAAUGAAGAAGUUAGGCUCUAAAAAGCCACAAAAGCCAAUUCCAAGACCUAUGAAUAUCCUGCAAGGCUUCUUAUUUGACCUGGUUUCACAGCAAGCCUUUGACAUCACAAUCAUGAUGCUGAUCAUUGUCAACAUGGUGACCAUGAUGGUGGAGACAAACGAUCAGUCCGCCCGCAUGGAAUCCAUCCUUAACAAGAUCAACCUGAUUUUCAUCGUCAUCUUCACCACUGAAUGCCUCAUCAAGAUCGUUGCCCUGCGCUGCUACUUCUUCACCGUCGGAUGGAACAUAUUUGACUUUGUUGUCAUCAUUCUCUCCAUCGUAGGUAUCGUUCUCGCUGACAUCAUCGAGAAGUACUUUGUGUCUCCGACUCUGUUUCGUGUCAUCAGACUGGCAAGGAUAGGACGCGUACUCCGACUUAUACGUGGAGCCAAAGGGAUAAGGACUUUACUGUUUGCCUUAAUGAUGUCCAUGCCUGCGUUGUUCAACAUUGGCCUCCUGCUCUUCCUCGUCAUGUUCAUCUACGCCAUCUUUGGAAUGGCCAACUUCGCCUACGUGAAGAAAAAGGAAGGGAUAGACGACAUGUUCAACUUUGAGACCUUUGGGAACAGUAUGAUCUGUCUGUUCCAGAUCAGCACGUCAGCCGGGUGGGAUAACAUCCUGGAGCCCAUCAUGUCGAACUCCCCGGAGGAGUGUGAAGCGCAUGUGGCCAACACCGGCACCAAUGUCAGGGGCAACUGUGGGAACCCGUCGGUGGCGAUAGCCUUCUGCGUCAGUUACAUCAUCAUCUCCUUCCUCAUUGUGGUGAACAUGUACAUCGCCAUCAUCCUGGAGAACUUCAGCGUGGCCACUGAGGAGAGCACCGAGCCGCUGAGCGAGGACGACUUUGAGAUGUUCUAUGAGGUGUGGGAGAAGUUUGAUGUGGAGGCCACGCAGUUCAUUGAGUUCUCUAAGCUGUCGAGUUUCGCGGACAACCUGUCUGAGCCGCUGCGCAUUGCCAAGCCGAACAAGAUCAAGUUGAUAUCCAUGGACUUGCCAAUGGUGAGCGGAGACAAGAUCCACUGUCUGGACAUCUUGUUCGCCUUCACCAAGCGAGUGCUGGGGGAGACGGGCGAGAUGGAUGCCCUCAAACAGCAAAUGGAGGAAAAGUUCAUGAUGGCCAACCCUUCCAAGAUCUCACACGAGCCAAUCACUACGACCCUACGUCGCAAGCAAGAAGACGUUUCAGCCACCAUCAUCCAGCGCUGUUACAGACGCCACCUGGUUAAACGGCAGAUGAAGCAGGCCUCCUUCCUUUACAGACAGAUGAACCCUCAGAUCGACCUGAACCUUCAGGAACACAUAGUGGACAUAGAGAUGGCCCCGGAGAGGGAGGGCCUCAUCGCCUCCAUGAUCAAGGAACACUACGGACCAGAGGAGCUGCUGGAGGUCAUGGAAGUCACAGAAAGUACUCUGUUCUCCUCACCUCCAUCUUAUGACUGUGUGACCAUGGUGGAAGUGGCUAGUCACCUUGUUCCGAAAGAACGAUUAGAAAGGCCAAAGGACUUAAUGUUAGACCUUGGGGAGUCUGGCCCCUCAACAGCACAAACAUAUGGGGAUCCAAGCCCCUCACAAACAUAUGAAGAGACAUUUCUUUGAGGUAAUAUUUUUAGGAAAUAUGUUUUUUGUUAUUGUUUACAGCAUUACAGUAUCAUAGCUCAAACAACUCUCUCAGUACACGAUAUAACAUUUUAUAGCAGGAAAUAUCCAGGUGUUUCAUGGUAAAAUGCAAGUAUGGAUUUUUUACAUUAUUUAUAACAGACCCUCAUUGUCAAUUGAACAAUCAUAUGCAUAAUGUUUAGAAUCCCAUACAGGCACCACUUUAAAUAUAUAUUAAGCUGUAUCCAAAGUAUAAGAAAGUCCAAUUAAAUGCUUGAUUUAAUUUAUUCUCUGAUGUCUGCAAUUCAGCAAGAACUGUAUAUGACAAUCAAUCAGAUUUGAAUGACGUUUGGAGUUAGAUUGUUACAUUUUGUUUACACAGUGUUAUGGAGCAAAUAUGGAGAGUUUAGUCAUGGUUCUCGUUUUGAUACUGAUGCUUCACGAAGGAUGAUAAAUAAUCAUCUUUAAUAUAAAAACAAGUUAAUUUGUUAAAAUUAUAUUUAUGAAAAAUAUAGUAAAUGCAGUAUAUUUUCAUAUUUUAUAAAUACAUCAGCACUAUAUUAAUGUGCGUUUUUUAACCAAUUAACCUAUACUAUUUAAAUGCACUAAAUUGAGUUAUUGCAAAGUGGGGUUAAUAGGAAUUAUGACUGUCAACAUUCCCUGUCAAACUGAUGUUGUUUAAUAAUUCAAAAUGUACAAUUAGUACAAGACAAAGGACUGUUCAGUACUAACUACAGCAUAAUGUGCCUAAUAUUGGUUUUCUGUCUCCUACACACUUACUGUAUGUUUGGAAUCCCUUUUAGGCGGUUAAUUUGACUUGUGGAUGUGUAAGUCCCCAGUACAAACAUAUUUUAUAAGGUUAUGUGUAAAGACUUAAGGGAUCAUGCACAUCAAGCAAAUGUGUAUCAGUCCUUUAUAAUGUAUUUAUAUGUUAAAGUUAUUUCCAUGACAAUCCAAAAAUACAGUACAUGGAUCAUAGCCAGAGCAAUCAAAUUAUGUGUAUACAAAUGUAUUCAAUCUUUUUGUAUGAAAGAUUAUACAAUAUUUCCUUGAAAACCUGUUUUCCGUAAUUAAGUAGAUCAUUUUAUGGUUCACUAUAUCAAAAGAUAAUAAAAAUGUUU